AUGGAACAAGGGCAGAUUCCUGGUCCACAACACUAUAAUUUUGAAUAUGGAAGAUGCCAGUUUUACGGAUAUCGUAAUAUGCAGGAUCACUUUUACCUGACUCAAGGACAGCAUUAUCAGGAAUACCCCCAACAAAUGGAACAUCAAGUGAUAUGCAAUACUAUCUACCAACAACCCCAUUCAUGGAACCCGUAUGACGGCAGCGCAAUGAUGCCAAACCUUGUUGAAUUGGGGCAUAUCGAUGUAGCUAGCAGAGCAAGGCAUAAGCGAUCGAGAAUGUCACUGCAGAAACGAUUGUUGGUUAAUGCACGGGAAAGGGAGAGAAUGCGGGUGUUGAACAAAGCUUUCGAGGCUUUAAGAGACGCGUUGCCUUGCUAUAUCGCUGAUGGCCAUAUGGCGAAAAUAACAACACUAAGGCUUGCGAUAAAUUAUAUCAAAGCAUUAACCGAGGUUUUAGAAGAACAGAGAGAUACUGAGGCACAACAGGAGAAGAGUGAGAGCGAAAUGAAAGCUGAAGAUCUGGAUUGUGAAGAUCUGUCCUUGCUUCAAACUGACAACAUAGCAACAUCAAACGAGCUUAAAACAGAUAUUUGCAAAAAGGAAGACGAAGAUGGCAUCCUUGGAAAGGAUGUUGUUGACACAAGUUUACGAGAUUUGGAUGUAAAAUAA